UUGGCCACGUCCCUGGCCACGUCGCGCCCGCUCUCGCCAUCUUCGCCGCUUCCUCUCAGGGGCCGCCGCUGCCGCCUGAGCCGCCGAGCCCCGGGGCCGCCGCGCCGACCGCCGCCGCCAUGAACAUCUUUCGGCUGACCGGGGACCUGUCCCACCUGGCGGCCAUUGUCAUCCUGCUGCUGAAGAUCUGGAAGACGCGCUCCUGCGCCGGUAUUUCUGGAAAAAGCCAGCUUCUCUUUGCACUGGUCUUCACAACUCGUUACCUGGAUCUUUUUACUUCAUUUAUUUCAUUAUAUAAUACAUCUAUGAAGCUCAUCUAUAUCGCCUGCUCCUACGCCACGGUGUACCUGAUCUACAUGAAAUUCAAGGCGACCUAUGACGGAAACCACGAUACCUUCCGAGUGGAGUUCCUGGUGGUCCCCGUGGGAGGUCUCUCCUUUCUAGUCAAUCAUGAUUUCUCUCCUCUUGAGAUUUUGUGGACCUUCUCCAUCUACCUGGAAUCCGUGGCUAUCCUUCCCCAGCUCUUCAUGAUCAGCAAGACAGGGGAGGCGGAGACCAUCACCACCCACUACCUGUUCUUCCUGGGCCUCUACCGCGCGCUCUAUCUCGUCAACUGGAUCUGGCGCUUCUACUUCGAGGGCUUCUUUGACCUCAUUGCUGUGGUGGCCGGCGUCGUCCAGACCAUUCUGUACUGCGACUUCUUCUACUUGUACAUCACAAAAGUACUCAAGGGAAAGAAGCUCAGUCUGCCAGCGUAAGUGCCAAAGACCACCACCAGCAUCUGUCCCUCAGGGUGCUCGGACAGAGUUCUUACCACAGCAAAGGCACAAGAUGCUUGAUACGGAAAAUCAGAAACUUAACUCUUUUGUUCAGAUAGUCAUCAGUGGCUCUGUAGGAACCCCGAGGAAAAGAGCCAGAAGGUUUCUGUUUAAUGCAUCUUGCCUUAUCUUUUUUUAUUACUAUGUACAAAGAUUUUUUUACACAAAGGAACUUAAUGCUGUAUUAAUAAAUUCAGUGUGUAGUUUCAAUUGGGGUAGUUCCAAAAGUGAAGAUUUUGUGAGGAAUAAGUGCAACCUUUUUUUUUUUUUUUAAUUCUUUGAAAUUGUUGAUUCUUUGUGUCUGCAAUGAAAUUGUACUCCCUUGACAGUUGGUAGACUAUAUAUUCUUCCAUCUAUCAAACUUGCAUUCCACUAUAUUUAUUUUUUGCCAAAAGAUGAGUUAUAUUUGUUUGAAAUCUGAGACACUAUGUUGAAUUUGGUAUAUCUGUUCAAAUUUCUUCCCACCUAACGUGGACAUCGUUCCUCGGACAUGACAACACUACACGUAAGGCCGGUAAGGAUGGCUUGCAAGUCUUCUGGUUUUCAUUACCAAAAUUUUAAGAUUCUGAACGUAGAAGGAGUCAGGUUUGAGUCCCCAGUGGUGCCCGCCCUCUUCUCCUGCUAAGAAGAGUCAGUGUGAGACUGUCCCGAGGAUGUCGAAGAACUUGGUGGACGGGGGUUCUAGGCCGCUUGCCACCCAGGUGUGGGAUGUGAGGGACGUUGAUUAUGUCCUCUGAGGAACGGAACCCAAGCAGUCACCUGUCACCUUUAUUUUCACUUUCAAAAGAUUACUACAACCAUGUCCAUGCUCAGAUUCACACAGUUUUUCGUAUCACUUUUGGGUAGUAAAUUGAUUUACGUUUUUUUCUUAACUGGCAGCACCAAUUGCCAUUCCUUAUACUCUUUAGAUUUUUUUUGUUUUUGUUUUGUUUUUACUGAGCUCUUGCAUGAUUUAUCUUGUUACCAUCCUAAAUAAACAUGUUAUUAAACAUAGAACAAAUUGUCUUCUAUGUCAGGAUGACUUUUUUCAUUUUUUGAUUGGCUACAAAAGCUCAAUAUAGGGCCAUAAACAUUUACUGUCCACUAAUGAAUCUAAAACUAUCUGUAUUUUGAGGAAAAAUUGGAGUUUUUCCUCCUGAUUUUGCUGUUUUAUUGAUCUGCUACAUUUUUUUGAUUUUAUGCAAAAGCAUAUGACUUUGUUUUUAUGUGAUGCACCAUAAAAUGUUGAAGUGUUGAAUACUAACAGUGCUUACUACAGGAUGUAGUAUUUUUGCUUGCUGUAUUAAAAUAGUUUGUGGAAGAAGGGAGCUAGAUGGGUUUUAUUUUUAUCUAGUGUGUCUCUUACCCUCUUUCUGAACUGGCAGUGUAACUGCAUAGUUUAACCUCUUGUCUUUCUCUCUCAUCUUGCUCCCUGCACUCCAUGCCUCAUGGUUUUGCUUUGGUGUAUCCGUAUGUUUCUAGCGUUCUAGUCUUGGUUUAGUUUGUUUUCAUCCUCCCUGGAAGAUUCUGAGAGCACAGAGGAAGGGUGGGAAACCGCCACAGAAGUGGAGCAGACUGCUUGCUGCCCACACUGGGGGUGGGUGGGAGGCUCACACUGUUUUUGUGCAUGUAAAUCAAACACGAGCUGGGACCACUUGGGGGAGAGCAUAGUGCAGACGACAAGAUCUGGGACCUCAGCAGGCCGCCUGGCUUGGGAAGUAUCAACGCCUUCUCUAGUCACUGUGCCCACGUAAAAAUAAAGCCGGCCAAGAUGGGACCACCAUUUUGUGGCCAACUAGGAUGACAUCUUCAUAAAUAGGGUGGCUGAGUGGGAGUGCGGGACUGGGGCCACGUCUCCGCACACAUAGGAAACGAAGGCCUUGUAUGAUGCGCUUUAUAAAGCACUGUUUCAGAGUCCCUUUCACGUCUCCAAUAAAGGUUAUCAGGUAAUUAUA